AAGGGAGUUUUGAAAUCGAUUCAAGUUUGCAAAUUAAUUAUCCACACAUCAGUAAAUAAUGUCUUCGACGGCCGUGGGUUGCCUCCUUUCUCCUCUCCUUCCUCGUCCGAGCUCCACCGUCGCGGCCGCAGGCUGCAACUGCAAGAGCAGAUCCAUUCGGGUCCGCGCAUCGAUGAGCUCCCCGCCGCCUCCAGUGGCGGAGUUUCCCUACCUACCGCCGGCGCAGCGGGAGCUGAUGGUGGAAAUCCUCUCCAUGGUGGAGACCGGGCUCGGGCCGCAGCUCCUCCCCUCCACCGUGCCCUCCGACGUCCUGUCCUUCCAAAAUCCGUCCGGGUCGGCCCAUGGCGCCAUCGAUAUCCGACACGGUGGCCGCGAUUCCACGGUGAACUUCAUACUGGAAUCAUGGCUGCAUUGCCAGAUCCCUACUGGUGCUCUUAAUAUAGCCACUUUGUUGGUCUUUCUUAAUUCUUCCACAGAUGCUCCUCACCUUCUUAUGGAGUUCAUGCAAGGAAGCCCAACGUCCCUCGUUCUCCUCCUGGACUUGAUACCACGCAAGGAUGUCGUCCUCCACCCUGACUACCUUGACGAAUUUUACCAUCAAACCGAUCUGGAUAAACAGAGACAAGUGCUUUCCAAACUUCCACAGGUGCAACCUUACAUGUCAUCCUCUAUUUAUGCCCGCAGUCUCCUAUCACCCACAGCAAUUGCAGUUGACAUCAAUUGCGGUGACGGGAAGGAACAGACCUUGCUGGAAGAGAUAAUCCGUGGCAAACUCAAUAUGAUUUGCAAGGAGAUUGUUCAAAUAUGGUUACGCUUAUGUGUUAAAACUAGGCUAUCGAGUGAAGUGGAUCAAGACAUUCUGGUUAAAAGAGAUAGUUUGAUCAAGAGCAAGGCCAUUGAAAUUGAUCUCGAGGCAAACCUGCCUAGAAUGUUCACUCCUAAGGUCGCAAGCCGCAUAAUAAGGGAAAUUAAGGAGGCUUAUAAGUGCAUAGACAGUGGAAAUUAAAAAAUUUGUCUAAGAGUUCCCAAGAUGUAAUGAUGAUAGUUUAGAUUUGCAGGUGCGGCAAAUCUAACUAGUUUGUUUGUCUGUCUAUCAUAAAAAUUUGGCUUGAUGAAUUGUCUAUGUAAUAGCAGAGUAUGUUGGAGCUUUACUAUGAUUCGACCUUUUUGGUUGUUUAUAAUCUAAUGAAACUGAAUAAACUAA